AUGCGCUCGCCGGCAUUUCCUCCGCGGAGGCCCUCGGCCCUCUUGCGGUAUCUCGUACCUGCCGCCGUCAUUCUCUUCUGCUUCUACUACCUCAGCCAAUCGGCAUCAGACUUUGGAACCUUCAAGGCGCCCACCCAAGGACCGGCGGCCGGUCCGCAACAACCUCAGGCGCAGCCUCAGAAGCAAACUCACCAAGGGUCGGAGUCACAAGGCGGGAGCAAUGGGGACCAGCAGCAUCCGGUAGACCACAGCAAGCCGGCCUCGGGAGUGUCGAGCAGCCCGGGAAGCCACCCGAUCGACGCGCUCAUCAGCGCCGCCGACAAGGACUUUGACGCCUUGCUCGCCCAGAGGUCGACGACCCUCGCGCAAGCUACCGCCGCAUACCGCAAGCGCCGCGGGCGCCACCCUCCGCCGGGUUUCAGCGCGUGGUUCCAGUUCGCCAAGGACAGCAACGCCAUCGUUGUCGAGGAGUUUUGGGACCAGAUCUACCACGACCUGGGGCCCUUCUGGGCCGUCCCGGCCGCGGAAAUCCGCAAGGAGUCGUGGGAUUAUGAGAUGACAAUAAACAUCCGAAAAGGCCGGGCGACGGCCGGCAGCGACUGGUUCUGGACGCAGAUCUGGCUCAAGCUGAUCAGGACUAUCGAGCACUUGCUCCCCGACAUGGAUCUGGCCCUCAACGCCAUGGACGAGCCUCGAUUGGUGGUUCCCUUUGAAGAGAUCAACAGACUCAUGAACGAAGCCGAGAAGACGAGAUCCAUGCCCGAGCCGAAGGACGUCAUCACUAAGUUUGAGCCGUUGCCUAAGCCUGGGGAGGGUGAUGAUCGUACUUCGAUCACUGCGCCCAAGAAUUGGGAAGACACAAAGCCUUACUGGCAGAUCGCUCGACGCGGCUGUCCCCCGGAGUCUGCUGCGCGCACGACAGAGAUGGCCACGGAUUUCGACCACCCUCCCCAGAUCACGGACACCUACAGCAAAGCGCACAUGGAGAAGGGCUUUGUUUCCAACUAUACCCUCUCCACCGACUUCUGCCACCAGCCCGAUCUGCAGAGCCUCGAAGGCAUCUUCAUCGAGCCGCUGUCCGUGUCUGCGACCAAGUUGCUGUUUCCCAUGUUUGGAGGCAGCAAGCUAGCCGUCAACAACGAGAUUCUUCUGCCUGCGCCGAUGUAUUGGAACGAGGAGGAGCGAUUCACGGGUGGCAACGAUCACGGUGCGCCAUGGAGUCAGAAGGAAGACAAGGUCAUCUGGCGUGGGGUCGCGACGGGCGGCAAGAACAGAGAGACGAACUGGAAGGGCUUCCAGAGGCAUCGCUUCGUGUCGAUGAACAACGGCACCAAGAUCGCGCGCGCGGAGGACUGGAGCGCCGCGCCGGAGAACUUUGCGCUCCCCAGCGAGUCGUACGGCCUCAAGGCUCAGAAGGACGGCAAGCUGGGCGAAUGGGUCAACCAGUGGGGCGACGUGGCCUUUGUCGACCUCAUGUGCCUGUACAAGUCUGAGCACGGCCAGUGCAACUACACGGGCCACUACUUCGCGGUCGAGAAGGGCAUGAAGAUGGCGGAGCAGUUCCGGUACAAGUACCUGCCCGACAUUGACGGCAACAGCUUCAGCGGCCGCUACCUGGGCUUCCUGCGCAGCACGAGCCUGCCCAUCAAGGCCACGCUCUGGCGCGAGUGGCACGACAGCCGCCUCAUGGCCUGGAAGCACUUUGUGCCCAUGGACAGCCGCUUCAGCGACUGGUACGGCAUCAUGGAGUACUUUGUCGGCUACGGCAAGGGCGCGCCGGGCCACGACGCGGCGGCCGAGAAGAUCGCGAGCGAGGGCAAGGCGUGGGCCGAGAAGGUGCUGCGCAAGGAGGACAUGCAGGUCUAUGUCCUGCGCCUGCUGCUCGAGUACGCCCGGGUGUCGGAUCCCAGGAGAGACAGGAUGGGCUUUGUCGAUGAUUUGUUGCAGGCGUGA